AUGGACAACGAUGUCACACCUGUAUAUCUGGCUGCCCAAGAAGGCCACCUAGAGGUAUUAAAAUUUCUAGUAUUAGAAGCAGGAGGUUCUCUAUACGUCAGAGCAAAAGAUGGCAUGGCUCCAAUCCAUGCCGCUAGUCAAAUGGGCUGUUUAAAUUGUGUCAAAUGGAUGAUUCAAGAUCAAGGAGUAGAUCCCAAUCUUAGGGAUGGUGAUGGUGCGACACCUCUGCAUUUUGCAGCUUCCAGAGGACACUUGGACACUGUUCGUUGGUUAUUAAAGCAUGGUGCCCGUUUAUCAUUAGACAAAUUCGGAAAAAGCCCCAUCAACGAUGCAGCGGAAAAUCAACAAGUUGAGGGAAACAGUGUAGCUAGCGACUGUUCGAACUGCAAACCCAAGUCAAUUAGUAGCAACAAUACCAUGAAACACAAUAAUUCAGAACCGUUUUAUCUUCAUCCACCUUUAAGUGACAGAUCGAUGGAGCCUGCCCAUGCACCGGAAAAUGGGCUAUAUAUUAAUCCAAUGAGCAAACAUAGACACAGCGUAAGCAGUGGAAAUGGAGAAUCGUUUUACUUGCACAAUCCCCAGGAGGUAAUCUACAAUAGAGUCAAAGACCUUUUCGAAUCAACACAGAGACAACAAGGUCUUUCAGCUUUAACAGUAAAAGUAGAAGUCCAUUCAAGCAGCAGUGGUGCUGGAUCAGAUGAAAAUCUAUCUUCUUCAGAUAUGUCGGAACGAUCAGGGGACCACGAACACGAUUACGAAGACAUUUAUAUGAUCAGAGAAGAAAACAAAGCUUUAGAAAGAAAUAAAAACCGAUCCCGUUCAAGAGACUCUGGCUCGCAUAGUAGAUCUGGAUCUGUAACGUCGUCCAAUUCUGGAGGUCACGUUGUAGUUCAUUUGACUACAGAUAACAACAAUAACGACCAUCGAGGUGCAAUUGGCAAAGCUGAGGAGAUAUACCAAAAAGAGAGUGGCAAGGAAAAGAUAGUAGCAAAUGAGUCAGGCCUCUCUUCAGGAACUUCGCCACUAAGCUCUGAAGAUGAGCCGGAAAAAGUGAAGCUCGGACCACGCCACUCACUUCCUCCCAAAACCAAUAAUGCCACCAGUAAUACCAAAAUUUUGAAAAGAGUGACUUCAGUUCCACUGGAAACAUCCGUUCCGCCUCCACCACCUCCACCACCAAAUGCUAUGCGCUUCGAUCCCGACGACGAGCCAAGAGGAGCUGAAAUCGUGGAGGUCGUCGAGGAACCGACUUUAAAACCGUCAGAUAUUUUGAAAGGGAUGUGCCGCAGUAUGUCUGCUUUAUAUCUCACCAUAGUCAGUCUAGAUGGAGACGAAGCAGAUAAACACGGUCCGAAUUUAGUGAACAAACAGCGAGUGUUACCUUUCAUCCCCCCGUCUUUUCCCGGAAGUGCGAAUUCGAAUAAUUUGAUCAAGCCGUCGGAGUAUCUAAGAAGUAUCAGUGAUAAGCGGUCGUCGAUUAGUUCCGUGAGAAGUUUGUCGGAAAGUGAGGAUACUGAAAACAAAUUUGAAGAAAAAAGAGACAUUGCGAGAAUUGCUCCUGGACCACCACCGCCUCCUCUGCCGGAUCUUAAUCUAAAAGAGGUUCCAGAAAAAGACAACACAGGUAAUAUAAUUCCAGCAUGGAAAAGGCAAAUGUUAGCCAAAAAAGCAGCUGAAAAGGCUCGGAAAGAAUUGGAAGAACAAUUGUGGCGGGAAGCAGAGGAAAAACGGUUGCAAGCGAUUCCCCAGUGGAAACGACAGCUUUUACAAAAGAAGGAGGAGGCUGAAUAUAAAAUAAGAUCAACCUUAUAUACUCCCAAAGUAGUAGACGAGCCAAAAAUAAAGAUUCAAGAUACCGAAAUAAUUUCUAGAUCUCCCGAGUUGAAGGACGAGAACGAGAACGAGGAGCAUUUUUACAACGAUGACAGCAUCAAACUAGAAAAUGAACCGAUCGAAGGAGAAGAACAGUCCGACGAGGAACCUGCUAACAUCAUUCCGUGGAGAGCGCACCUGCGGAAAACAAACAGCAAGUUAAAUCUAUUAGAAUAG